AUGGCGGCUAUUUUGCAGGGGCAUCAAGUGCAUCCCGAUGGGCGAACGUGGAAGACUCACUUUCCGAAGGGGGAUCUGUGGGUAUUUGGAUACGGAAGCUUGAUCUGGAAACCACCACCACACUACGACCAACGGGUCCCGGGAUACAUUAGUGGCUAUGUGCGGCGAUUCUGGCAGGUAUGUGGGAUCUUUGAAACCCGUUUCCCCCGGCGCCAACCAACUCUACCUCACAUGCUUCUUCCCCAAAUUGUACCAUAUACCGACCAUCGGGGCACGCCCGAGCAACCGGGGCGAGUCGUCACCGUAAUCGAGCGGGAGUUUUGGGAAACGUUGGAUGAUCCGUACAAUACACAGUAUCACGGCCAAGCUAACAAAGUACCCAUGCUCCCCGACGCAAAACAGCUAGCAAGCCUGGAAUCAGAGUCUGCAUCCACAGGCAAAGUCUGGGGUGCAGCGUAUCACAUCCCAGCCUCUCACGCCGAGGAAGUCCACGAUUACCUCGACGAGCGGGAAAUCGACGGCUACAGUGUACACUUUACCCCCUUCCACCCUACGUCGGGCCCGUCUGCGGACCCGCAGGAGAAUGCGGAUCAUGCCACGCCGAUUACUACUAUGGUGUAUAUCGGACGGCCGAGUAACCCGCAGUUCCUGCGCGAGCCUGAACGGCGUGCGCCGCAGGAUGUUGCGCAGGUAAUCAGCGCGGGACAUGGACAGAGUGGGAAGAAUACCGAGUAUUUGUAUUUGUUGGAGAAGGCGUUGGAGGGACUUGGACUUGGGACUGCGGAUGUGCAUGUUACUGAUCUGGUGAAGAGGGUUAGGGCUAUUGAAGAAGCUGGUUUGGCGGAGAGAGAGGAAAUGGAGGCUGAGAGGGAGGUGAAGGAGUACUUGGCGCGGUCGCCAGCGGAGCAUGUGCAUGGGGAUAAGAUUGAAUGA